GGCACUAGGGACCGGCCGGCCGCAGCAUGACGGGCAAAGCGGGAGACGCGCUCACCCACAGCCUGCCCAGCAAACCCAAACCCGACAGCGCGGCCAGUGCGCCUGGGGCCGGGGCCGCGGCUGGGGCCAAGCCCAGCUCCGGGCCCACCCCGCCCAGGUGCACCGGCUUCGGCAUCCAGGAGAUCCUGGGCUUGAACAAGGAGCCGCCCUCUCACCCCCGGGCUGCCCUGGACUCCCUGCCCGCCGGGCACCUGCUGGCGGCCCGCUCUGUGCUCAGCCCCGCCGGGGUAGGUGGCGUGAGCAUGGGGCUCCUGGGGGCGGGCAGCAUCCCCAGCUUCUACACCCAGCCCACCUUCCUGGAGGUGCUGUCCGACCCCCAGAGCGUCCACCUGCAGCCCCUGGCCCGGGCCCCCGGACAGCUGGACACCAGCCAGACGGCCAGCUCAGACUCUGAGGAUGUUUCCUCCAGCGACAGGAAAAUGUCCAAAUCCUCCUUAAACCAGAGCAAGAAGCGGAAGAAGAGACGGCACAGGACAAUCUUCACAUCCUACCAACUGGAGGAGCUGGAAAAGGCCUUCAAUGAGGCCCACUAUCCUGAUGUGUAUGCCAGAGAGAUGCUGGCCAUGAAAACAGAACUGCCCGAAGACAGGAUACAGGUUUGGUUCCAGAAUCGGCGGGCCAAGUGGCGGAAGCGGGAGAAGUGCUGGGGCAGGAGCAGCGUAAUGGCAGAAUAUGGGCUGUAUGGAGCAAUGGUACGUCACUCAAUUCCGCUGCCAGAGUCUAUCCUCAAAUCCGCCAAGGAUGGCAUCAUGGAGUCCUGCGCCCCUUGGCUCCUGGUUCAAGAUGGCUUUCCCAUGCCCAGGCGCUUUUCUAAACCCGAAUACCAACAAUUCUUUUUAGGGAUGCACAAAAAGUCUCUGGAGGCAGCAGCUGAGGUGGGAAGGAAGCCGGAGGUGGAACGCCAGGCCCUGCCCAAGCUCGACAAGAGCAACAAGGAAGAGAGGGGCCCGGAUCCCAAAACCACCAUUUCCCAGGAGGAACUGAGAGAGAACAGCAUUGCUGCCCUCAGGGCCAAAGCUCAGGAGCAUAGCACCAAAGUCCUGGGGACCGUCCCUGGGGACCCCCCCACCCCAGCCAGGAAGCCAGAGAAAGAGGAGGAGGCAGCGGCAGAGGAUGAGAGACAAAUGGAGAAAUCAAACUCAUCACAAGAGGAGGAGAAGCAGAUCUAGAGGGAAAGAGAUGAUGGAAACCAGCUCCCAAAAGACUGUCUCCUCUGGGGGGCUGCAGGCUCCUCUCAGACUGACAGGGCCCCUCCGACAGCCCCUGCACAGGGAGUGAGGCCCCACAUGGUCUCUGUGCAUUUCAGGAAGUCACAGGCUCAGGCCAAGUUCUGACUGUCAGGUGUGUCCAGAGACUUCCCCUCAGGAGCAUUCCUGCCCCUCCACUCUCCCUGCCCUUGGGACUAUUCCUGCCACACUGCCCCCUCCUUUCUGAGGGAUCAGGAAUUAUCACCAUCUUCUUCUGAGAGGAGGCUGGGGCUAACUGAGGCUCUGGGUCCCUGUGUAUCAGCCUGAGAACCAGCUUUGGGUCUCUCCUGUCCUGGUCCAACAUACCCAGCCUCAGAGCGAGUCUCUGUCCCACCCGUUCCCAUGUCAGAGUGACUCUCUUCCCCUGGUCCAGUCUCCCCCACCCCAACCCUGAGAGCGAGUUUAUCCUCUGCUGCAUUCCCACCUGCCCAGAGCAGCACGAACUCCAUCUCCCUCAGAAUGUGCUCCUCCCCAGUGUGUUUAUGGCACCUGGCCAUCGGAACCCAAGGACCUGAUGUGGGUGGGGCUGCCCCGCUGCCCUCACAGGGACCAUUUUACUCUUUGUCCGACUUAAAGCACUGUGGGACAAAUCCAUGGAAGUGUUUGCGUAAAACAGUGAGUCUAUUUAAAUGGUGGUUUGUAUAUUCCAUGUGUGUCUUUCCUGACUGAGUGGUGGGGUGUCCCAGGGGCACUCUGAGACAGGGAGGGUGGUGUGCUGGGCAGCUGAUUUUGGUCUCAGUUUUCCGGUAAGAAGCCAAGGGGAUGGGGAAGAGCAGGCUUAACUUCCAGGAGCUGAUCCCUACAACCUCAGGUACCCAAGACCCACCCCUUCCCUUUGGGGGUAUCCCAAGUCCUACACCUAUCUUCCCCCUGUAGACAUGCCGAAGACUCAUAACCCACUCAGGUACCAGGUUCCUGCCCUCAGCCACCCUGAACACAUACUACACCUGACAUCAUGCCUAACAGGUAUCCAGGAUCUCAUGGGUACCCAAGUGUUGCUCCCAGCUUCACCCCUUACAGGUAACUGAGAUCCGGCUCCUCCCCUCAUUGAUACCUGGCACUCGGCUCCACCCUCUCCAGGCUCCACCCCGAUGCUGCACCCUGCUACAUAAGACUGGCCGUACUGGGUCA